UGCUCGGUGCCUUAGGGGUUCGCCAGGUGUUCGCGGUACCGAUUUGUCUCACCUGUCGUUUUAGUGUAGGUCUCUGGCCCCUGCUAAACUCCAGGGUGGUUCUCCUAAUAAGAAGUAGCUGAGAAAAACAAGUGCAAGAUUAUGUUCAGUGAUACAGCAAUAACCUUGCAAGCAAAAGGCCUUGAGCUUGAGCCCCAGCACUGAAAAAAAAAAUCAAUCCAACAAACAAAAACUGGCUAAAGAGGUUUGGGGAAUGAACAAUUACAUAAACUAGAGUUGGAUAUUAGAAUUUACAAGACCAUUAGUGAUCUCCUACACUGUUUAAAAAUCAAUAAUAGCCAUACAACUUGCAAGGAAUUUGUUUAGUCUUCUUCUCACAUUGGUGUAUCACAGAAUCGGGUGCCACAGUGACCUGGAUUGCAGUGAUUAGGAUGUAUCCUAGCAGUUAAGAAGUGAAAAAUGAAGAAACUAUUGCUUCCCAGCCAUGAGUGAGAAGACUGAUUUUGCAUUCCCUUUUUAAGGAAAAAAAAUGAAAUAAUUGGUAAUAAGGCCUGUGUAGCCAUGGCUAGUUCUGACGUGAAACCAAAAUCAAUAAGUCGUGCCAAAAAAUGGUCAGAAGAGAUAGAAAAUCUGUACAGAUUUCAACAAGCAGGAUAUCGGGAUGAAAUUGAAUAUAAACAAGUGAAACAAGUAUCUAUGGUAGAUCGAUGGCCAGAGACAGGCUAUGUGAAGAAACUUCAGAGAAGGGACAAUACUUUUUAUUACUACAACAAACAGAGGGAAUGUGAUGACAAAGAAGUUCACAAAGUGAAAAUUUAUGCUUACUAACUUUUCUUUGUAUCACUUGACAAUUUUUCAUUGUUUCUAUUCUACAUCAUGUAAAUGUUUGUCAUUUUACAAAAUAAUUCCAAAUGCAGUCUUUC